AUGCGUUUGUUAGCAAAAGGAUUUCUCCUGAUCAGAUAUAAUUGCUCCCGUGAUGGGUGUACUAGUUCUGAUGUUGAUAAAAAGUUAGUUGAGGAACCUACAAAUACAAAAGAUCCAACGAUUAUUGUGUACAGAGUAAAUAACGUAGUUCGCGCCGUAAAUGCUCCAUUAGGAGUUGAGAAGUGGAAUUUGAGUGUCCAUCAAUACGACCUUUGUCUGCUAACUGGUGGAAGUCAUACACCAACUACUGCUGUGCAAACAAACUCACCUAUCUGUAACGUACCUUUGGGAACUUCAUAUGCCCGUAAAAAGUUUGUGGAUGAAUCAUUUGUUGAUAUGGAAGAACCGGAUUGGGAUUUUGGACUAGACAAAGAUAUGAUAACUGCAAGAACAAAAGGUGUAAAGUCUAAAGAAUUAUGGUCCUACAACUUUAAUUCAAGGAUUUCCAAAGCUUGGAUUUAUCGCAGGGACUUACAAAACUUGAGACCGUUGUCAUUGUUUAUGCAUGACAGAGUUGCCUUACUAUUGAUUGAAAAAGUAAAUGAAUUCAAACGAAAAACUUCUGUUGUUUCCAAUUUUGAAUCAUUUAAAGAAAAAGGCUUAAAUCUGUUUAAUGGGAAAAAGACUCAUUCUUCAUCACGUUACGAUAAACCUAAUUGUCCAUCACGCGAUCGUCUUAUUUAUCUUGGUAGCUUAAACGGUCAGUUGUAUGUUCAAACUGAAGAUGGUGUUGAUCUUCCCAAUCCGGAAAUGAUAAAUCUGUCUAAAAGUUUAUCGGUAUAUUCGGCUGAAUCAAUAAAUAACCGUGGUGCUGAUUUAACUGGUUAUUAUCAAGGUUCCUAUUCAAACUCGCCGAAAUCGAUGAAAUUCACCCAACCAUUUCUUGUAUAUGAUAGUGUUGAAGAGACAAUUGAAAAGGCUACCGCUUUAGGAUUUCCGACUAAUGUAGGACAAUUCAAGACCGCACAUGGUAUUAAACCAGAAACAUCACCUGAAAAGACCAUACGUUCAGCUGAUGGCGAAGCAAGUGACGCGAGUGGUAUAUCAGGACGAUUGUUCGACAGUGCCAAUGAUUUACUUAUGCUUCUGUUGCGUGCAAGUGAGAUAUCUGUCAAUUAUUCGCCUACUGGUAUUGAAAAUCGUCGAUCGUUAGGAAUUAAUUUGUCUACACAUUUCAUACAACUACUAGUUGUGACCGGAUUAAUUUAUGCCACGGCACAUUGGAUACUGAAUGUAAAAAUUAACUAUGCUACACAGUUGAAAAAUGAUUCAUUUCAAUCUGAGUCAUGUAGUUUGGAAUCAGUUGUUGUUAAAACGCAUAGUUCACCGAGUAAUUUGUGUGACACACCUAAAUGUUCGUCGUGUUCAACUCUGAAUGAUUUAACAUCAAAUCCCCUACAUAAAUCUUCAUCUGCUGCUGUUACUACCACUACUGUCAAUGCACAACCACAUCAUUUUAUUUCGUCGUUUGAAACAGAUUUCAAGUUUAUACGUCGUCUUGGACGCGGUGGUUUCGGUCAAGUGUUUGAAGUUGAAAAUCGUCUUGAUGGCUGUCGUUACGCUAUCAAACGUAUUAAAAUGAGUGAUACUGAUGAUGACAAAAAUAUAUUCCUAAGAGAAGUAAAAGCUUUAGCUACACUUGACCAUCCAGGUAUUGUUCGCUAUCAUCGAGCUUGGAAAGAAUAUCCUCCUACUGGUUGGCAAGAGUCACAUGAUGCAUUAGUACUCGGUUUGUCUGACGACCUAACUUCCAGAAGCGGUGAUUUUACAAACUAUGGAAACGAAGAGAAUUGUCUAUCAAAUACAGUUUACUCAUCAAGUAUUAAUCCACACAGUUCGAGUGCAUCGCUCUGCGUAGAUAAAAGCUCACUAGGAUUAAAUGGGUCCAAUCACUCCAGUUAUCACAAGCUUUCGAAAUCUAAUUUAGAUGAUAGUCUUGUCGUUUUUGAACAUCAAACCAAUACUGAAAUACUUUCACUGGAUGAUUCAAGCAGUACAGAACAAUCCAUAAAAAAUCAAACUAAAGAUGAAACAAAAUAUACAUGCUAUUUAUACAUUCAAAUGCAAUUGUGUUCUCCGAUAAGUUUACGUGACUGGCUUGUUUUUCAUAGUGCUCCAGAAUCACGCCCUUCACGUGUUGAAUUGAUUUGUAUGUUCCGUCAAAUAGUAGAAGCUGUAGCUUAUUUACAUAAUCAUUCUUUAAUGCAUCGUGAUUUGAAACCUUCAAAUAUUCUAUUUGAUUUAACAAAUCGUCUUAAACUUGCUGAUUUUGGUUUAGUAACUUCUAUGCUUGAUGAUAAAUCAAAUCAGUCGGAUAGUUCUUAUAUUAAUGGCGCAAAUCAAGAGGAACAGUCUUCACAUUCUUCAGCGACUACCAUUGUAAAUGAUUUCACUGGUGAAUUAGAGAAGAAUAGUAGUAAUAAUAAAAAUAAUAAUAUAGUUAUUGAUCGGCAACUAUACCCUUUGAAAGAAAUUAGCACUGCUCAACAAAAGCGUUCUGUAAUAAUACGCAGACAUACUGAUCACGUGGGAACAGAUCUAUACAUGAGUCCUGAACAAGAACGAGGCGAUAACUAUAAUCAUAAAGUGGAUAUCUUUUCAUUAGGAUUAAUAUUUCUAGAAUUAUUGAUCAUAUUUAAUACAUCAAUGGAGAGAAUAUUCACACUGACUAGAGCAAAAGAACAAAAACUUCCUAGGGAAUUUGUAAUUUGUAAUCCAGUGGAAACUGAGUUUGUUCUCAAACUUUUGGAUUACGAUCCAGGAAAGCGUCCUGAUGCUCCUGCAAUUUUGGAAAGUGCACUUAUUAAACAAUCUGCUUCAUAGUAGUAAUAAUGGGAUUGUCGUUUUUUUGGAUGCCUGAAGUAUAAAUUUGUCAGAUUUUUGUUGUUGUAUCCUAAUGUUUUUCUAUAAUUUUUCAUUUCAUAACUUCUCCUGUGAUCUGUAAAAUAAAUGUUUUUUUUAUACAAGUCAUUAACUCACAGAUUUUAUUUUUUCGUGAAAUAAGG